GCAACAGCCUACGACCGUGUCGCUGCGCGAUCGACUGCCGUGCGCGAUCGGUUGGAGUUGGUGGUGGUGUGCCGUCGGUCCCGCGAUCGUCUUCGAGUUGUCAACGACCUUUACGCAGCGUGCGCGAGAUAUCCACGGUUCGGUCUCGUGCAGCUAGAACACCGUCGCGACGUCGCUGUGAAGUGCGAAGUGUAGGUGACCCGGAGGUGCAAAGUUUGUCUUUCGACUUAAGUCAGUGUUCUAAAGAGUGAUCGUGAAUCGCUGCUUGUAUAGCUCGUGCUCGAGGAUCGACAAGAUCCCAUCAUUAUUGCCCUUAUUGAGUGAAGUUCUGGCCGUUGUUUUUUGUCAUUGCCGUGAGCAAGUUCCUGAGCGAGAUCAGAGGAACACACUUUCAGUAACGGGAUCGUCGGUUCGACCGGGGGCUGCAGAUGGUUUUAGGACAGUUGGCUCCCUGAUGAAGACGACUGAUGGGCAUGUGCACCGGAAAUGAGCAGCGAAGCAGGUCGGUGGCGCAGAUUGUGGCACCCUUACGCGAAGCAACACGGUGCUAAGUAGCGGAAGCACAUCACAGGCAGCAGCAGCAGCAGCACCAACGAACAACAGGAAUGGCCACGAGCAGUGGGUCACCUCGGGCGGCCGUGCCCGCUAAUCAUCUGACACGCUCGCGAUCAACAGUCAACAGUCGGAGCAGGGCAACGAUGGCACAGAAUGACUACUACUGUACCUUACCGAGACCCUCAGCCAAGGUGCCACCGCACAAUGCGACAGAUGAGUGCGAAACGGGACGUCGAGUGGAUCAGGAAUCGAGCACCGGUGCGGAUGUGGAUCCCGGAACGAUGGGCAACAGACAAACGAUCCGGGAGCGCCUGUCAGGUGGUGAUCCGACCGCGGACCAAGCCGAAGCGCGACGUAGCCUACUGUACGAGCAAAACAUGUGCACGUUCGAGAACUUUUGUGAACGACGGAACAGCCAGCAGCGGUUACAGUCAGCAGCCGGCACGGCAGCGAACAAUCCGAGUGAUCAUCCUGGACGGCCUGGUGACGUAGUGGAGGAGACGGAGGAUGAGAGUGCCGAUGGGCUGGGGAACUUUUGUACCUUGCGAAGACCGUCGCGUCGUCAGGAGGCAACGCGCACGACGACGAACAACGACGAUACAGCCCGGUACUGUACCCUGAAGCGCAAGAAGCUGCAAUUGAACCGGAAGUUUGUUGAAAGUUUCCUCGAAGAUCCGAACGCGAAGGUGGCGGACUAUCUUUCGGAGCUGGAUGCGUACCUGGACGAGAUAGACGAUGUGGAGGAUGAUGACGAUGAUGGCGAGUGUGUGCGCGAAGAUGAGACCGCGAGUGAUGUGACGAGUGUGUCGAUUGUGCAGAAUGAGCAGGAGCUGCACGAGGAAGUGGAACCGGUAUCGGUAUCGGUGAAUGGUAGUGAUGAGGUGCGCGAGGGUGAUGAUGGUGUCCAAAGUCAAAGUUUACAGUAUUAUCAACGGGAGAACGACGGUGAUGGUGUUAAGAUCGUGGGGGCCACGGAGCUUCCACAGGAUCAUCGUAUCCAGUACGGUGAUAUCAAGCACUUUUGCACGUUGCCCAAACAGAAGCGCACACAAGUGCUGAGUGCGUUCAAGCGGGGCGCUUCACUGCGCAGGACAUUCGUUGCACCAGUACCACCAUCGACGAGCACAGCCAGUGAGGCCGAGAAUAGAUCCGGAGCAGCAGCAGCAGCAGCACCAUCAGUAGACUCCUUAAGUGCAAUCACGGAUGAUUGUCGGCAAACAUUGGCGUCCGGUUCGGCACAAUCUGAUGAAUCAUCCCGCCGUGCGGUUCAUGCUAGCUGGCAUCGGAAUUCGAUGCGCCGUAAGCACCUGAUCGAACUGCCGGAACAACCUGUACCGGAGCAUAGCCCCGGGGGGGAAAUUUCCGAUCAACCGGAUGAUGACUUCUGCUCGAUCAGCACACUUCCAGCGGAUGAGCAACUGAUCCCAAGGGAGCGAUCGGAACGAACGGCGGCUACUACGUACAGUGUACCAUCGUUGCUCGUGGCGCUGCCACCCUCACCAACACCGACGGAGGAACAACCCCAUUCAAGCUGGGAACCGUCGGCACCACCUACAUCAUCACCUUCACCGGCGCCACCAGCAUAUGCUCUCGAAACCGAUCUGGAUGAUGCAGUGUGUACGCGACCCCGCCAAACCGGCCGCCGAGCACAAUCGCAACCACGGCUCGUCUCCAUCACGGCCGUACGAGACGAAUCGACGAACGAGCUCAUCAUCCGGACCAACAGCGUCCCCGGGAAUGCUUCGGCGCCACCGCUGGCCCUAGCGCUGGAAGAAGCACAACUACAGCAACAGCAGCAACAACAGCAGCAACGUGAGCGAUAUGAUGGCGUCGAAUCGGAGGGUAGCUCGAUGGGAAGUUCCCGCAACCCGAGCCCGGUGUCGCUGUUAUCUUCGACAACUACUUACAGCUCGAUUGGAUCUGCCACCGACCAAGUGACUGAUGGUGGUGACCGUCGCACUCACGCACGGAACCAGGAACCAGCAGCUCGCGAUGGAACCAUAGCGAGACCCCAAAGUGGGAGCAGUGCAAACGGGGAGGUUGCCACCAUCACCGCCUCAGCGAACGGUAGCCGAAGGGAUCGGGCAUCCAUGACGGAACAAUGGCGCACAACGGCAGUACCAGGCACCACAACGGCAGCACCAGCGACGACGACGACGACGGAAACCUCUCAGGCAAUCCACGAACCGGACUCCGAUUCGGAUGACCCAGAAUCGGACAGCAGUCGACGGAGUAGCCGGCGGAACGAUGGUCGGCCGAAAGCACGGUGGCCACUGGCCGUUUCGCGCCCACUUGCGACCGUUUUCUGUACCCUCGGGCUCUUCAACAUAUCGCGCUUCGCCGUGUUCAGCGUGCACUUUGGGGCGAACUUUGUCGUCCAGUUUCUGAUCUUCUCGCUCCUGUUUGGCAUCCCGAUGAUGUGGCUGCAGAUGGUGCUGGGUGCAAGGAUUCGCGGUGGCCCCGUUACUAUGUGGCGCAUUAGUCCGAUCUGUAAGGGGAUCGGGAUUGCGCUGCUGAUCGCACAAACGCUGAUCGCCCUGUACUCGGCCAUCUCGUUGGCCUGGGUGUUGGUGUACUUCCGGGAUGCGUUUACGAUGCGGAACGAAAAGUACCGGUGGCAGGAACCGUUCGAGUACUACCGGGGUGGUGGUGUCGGUUCGGGGCUGCCGACGCCCGGCAAUCAAUCGUACCGACUGUCUGACACGGUGGCAGAUUACUUCAACGGUGUUGUCCUGCAACGGUAUCAUCUCAGGUUAACGCUUCCGGGGCGUACAGCAGGCCAGGCGGUGCCCUCUGGUGGUGCUGGUGGUGGUGGUGCUGCCACGUUGCCGGGAGUGAGCGGAAUCGGUGCGAUACGGUUUCAGCUCGCGUUCAAUCUGGCCAUCCUGUGGACGCUCGUGUUUGUGGCACUCUGCCGAGGCAUCCGCUCGCUCGGGAAGGUCGUCAUAGGGCUGUUCCUGUUUGCCACUGCUGGCCUGGUGGCCGUUGCGGCCAAGUUCCUUACCUUCAUCAACUACGACAGCUUGCAGAACAUCUUUCCGGCGACGGAUUGGCAGGACUUUUUCCUGAACUCGCGCAGCUGGAUGAGUGCCGCCCAGGAGACGUUCCUUACCUGGGGCCUGCUCGGUGUCUCGGUGUACUCGCUCAGCUGCCGCAGCAACCGCAAGGGGGCCUGCAAUAGUCGCACAAGGCGAGAGUUACGACGGGAUGCGUUCCUGGUCGCAUUCAUCACACUGGCCGUGCUUAUGUUCGCGGCCAUACUCGGGAGUGCUUGUGUGCAGAUCCUCAACACGCGCGGUUACUACUACUUCCCGGGAUCGUAUGAAAACCUCGGAACGAACGUGUUUCUACUUCCUGCCAGCCAACCGUUGCCACCGCAGCAUGCUACGAUGCCAAACCGCUGGUUGCUACGCUACUCGAUGGUGGUUGGCGAGAGCUUUAAGCGACCGUACGCUGAUCCGAGCCGUGAGAGUGGCUACCAGGUGCUACGAUUGGUCACCGAGCUGUUGCCGGCCUCGCUGGCGGCUGCAUCGCACGAAAACAUUGCCCCGGUUUGGGGUCUCAUCGGGUACCUGACGCUGUUGCUGUUCGGUUUGGGGCAGCUGUGCGUCAUGUGGAAACCGAUAUCCGGUGCGUUCGGUGACGCACCGUCGUCCAUCCUGCUGAGCUGCGUCACCGGUCUGCUGCUUGGUAUGCCGAUGGCCACCGAAGGUGGCAUCACAAUCGUGUACUAUCUCGAUACGCUCCUUGGGGCAGCCUGGUGGUUGCUGCUGCUAUGGAUCGGUCACAUCUUGGCCCUCUUCCUCGUCCGUGGCCGUCCUUUUACGAGUGACAUUCUAGUCAACGAUCUGAAGAUCCUACAAUCGUUGUCGGCGUUUGUGGCCUUUGCUUGGAAUUUUCUGCUCCCGAUCGGGCUCAUCAUACUGUGCAUUCUGCAGUACCGGCUGUCGAACAGUGCCGCCCUGUUUAACUGGACGCCGUCAGUGAAUGGACAGAGCUCCAGCUACUGGCCACUGUGGGCCCGUCAGACGGGGGGCUUCGUGCAGGUUAGCUUUCUGCUGCUCGUUCCGAUUGUGAUCGUCGUGCAGAUCUACCGCUACCUAUGCAGCGGACCACCGGACAUACUGGAUCGCGUGGAUUUACUACUGCGGCCACCAGUGGACGGUGAAACGAGCAAUCCAAUCCGGAGUGGUAUCCAGAACCGGCGUCCGGCGGUGUCGGCACCGCUGCAAUCGAACGCAUCGGCCAACAAUCGUGCCCGCGAUGGUUCCGGGGCAGACGGACAGGGAACGGGAGGCGCUGCCCUAUCGUUAACGCUCGAUGGACGCACUGGCCAGGCCGGAGAAGAUGACGCACCACCCAAGUAUACACCACCACCAUCCUACACGACGGCAACCGGUGCUCGAAUUGCCAAGAUGCUCCGUAACAGCAUCCGACGGAGCGUACGGCGGUUAAUGGGUGAAACGAGCGGCGGGGGAACUCAUCGGCAACGGGCCGCUUUGCCACCACCACCAGCACUAGCUGACGAUGAUGAUGGUGCACCGGGCAAUGCCAAUCCGGCAUCGGGUGGUGAGCUGCCACCGGAUUACUGCUCCGUACUGCAGCAGUUCGGUGGACCUGAUUCGAUGGAAAUGGCACGCCCAGCGGCCAUGCCCCGGAUGCUGUUCAAUUCGUCCACCCUCGGCAGUGGCAGCCGCCGUUAUCGAUCGCUCGUUGUACCGGUGGCCAGCGAUUCGUCGGCGGUUGGCCCCCCGCAGAUGACUGCAUCCGAUGUACGGCAGAUCCUGCGACCGGCCACCGUUACUGGGGGUGCUGCUGCUGGUAACAGUUUGACGCUUGCACCGGGGACAUCCGGGGCUUCGGCCGCACCCGGCUUUACGCAGACGCUCUGCAACACGUUGCUACUGCGCCGGGGACACUCGAUGGAAAAUCUCGUCCUCGGAGCCGCUCCCAUCGGUGACUCGAGCAUCAUUACGCUCAACUGUGACGACGACGAUGACGAUGAGUACAAUGACGACGACGGUGUACCCCGACAACGGCCCCGUAACGGAACUGAUUCUGUGAUAUAAGCGUUUGCUGUUGGGUUAAGCAGCGGGAAGAUUUGAGGGUUUGAGAUUAAAAAAAAAAGGUGUGCAAGACAGCGGCACCACGUUA